AUGUCUUCUCAAGGAAUAUCCAAAGUCCCCUCUACUCCUACCAAAGGCAAGAGCCCGGGUUCAUCCGUUAAGGGAUCAUCUGUCAAGGGCUCCUCCCCCAAAGUUCAACAGCAAGAAACACCCAAGGCCAAAACCCCCCGCAAACUAAAACGCAAGGUUCAGGAUACCCUCACCCCGGCUGCAGAGAAGACCGCUGCCGCUAAAUCUGAUCUGCCCUCUCGCCCAACUGGCAAGCAGAGCACACCGAACAAGCGCCUCGAGCAGCGCGAUCCUGUGCCUGAAGCCGAUACCGACAUUCAACAAACCGAGGAAGAUGACGAUGAGGGUCUUGAACAGGGCACCGGUAUUGAAUUAAACGAUAAAGAUGUUGCCGGUAACGUUGCCGAGGAUGACGAGGAAGAAGAGGAGGAAGGACAAGAAGAACUCCCCACCGCAGGGCUCAAGGAGCAGCGCCAGGGACCUGUAGACAACGAGUCUCAAGCUUCGGGUUCCACUACCGGGGGGUUUUUCAAGCGUGCUGGAGGUCUGACCAACUUUGCUCGUGGCCUCCGGGGUGCUGUUGGCGGUGCCAAGGAUACUCUUGGAACCGUGGCCAACAAUCUCCCCCUUAAUAUUUCCGCCCUCAAGGGUCUCCCAGUUGGGGAAUCAGGAAAGGUCCUUGACGAAUCCGGAACCCCUCUCGGUGAAGUCGUGGAAGGCGACCCCAAUGACCUUGUCGGUCAGACUGUCGGCGAGGACGGAGAAAUCGUCGAUGAAGAUGGUGACCUCAUCGGACGUGUUGAUCUCUUAAAGGAUAUCCAGGGCAAAGCCUCUGAGACACUUGAUCAGGUCAAAGAACAGCUCCCUAGUUUGGAAGAUCUUGCCGGACUUCCAGUCUCCGAUGGCGGUGUUAUCAAAGACAAGGCUGGCAAUGUCAUCGGUCGCAUCAUUGAAGGUGAUCCUGAGGACCUUGUUGGUCAAACUCUUAACGAGGCUGGUGAGAUUGUGGAUGAGGAUGGCGAUCUCAUUGGUCGUGCUGAAGUUAUUUCACCUGAAGAAGCUGUUAAGACCCUCGGAGACAAGACAUCCGAGAUACAGGAAACUACCGAAAACGGCACUGGUGAUAUUCAAGGCAAGAUCGAGGAAGCUCAAAACAACCUACCCGAACUUGCAGACCUUGAUGGCCUCCCUGUCUCCGAGGGGGGUGAGAUCAAGGACAAAGCAGGAAACGUUGUCGGCAAAGUUGUCGAAGGAGAUCCUGAGGACCUUGUUGGACAGACUGUCAACGCGGAAGGAGAACUCGUCGACGAGGAUGGUGAUUUGAUCGGGCGUGUUGAAAUUCUCUCGCCUGAUGAGGUCGCCCAGAAGGUCACUGAACAAGCCAAUGGUGUCAAAGAUACAGUUGCCGAGACAGCCGACAAUGUUAUUCCACAAGUUGAUAUUCUUAAGGGCAAGAAGAUCAAUAAGAAGGGAAAUAUUCUGGACGAGGAGGGCGAUGUUAUUGGACAAGUUGCCGAAGGCUUCGACCCCAAGGAGCUCGCUGGAAAGAAGCCCAAUGAAAAGGGUGAGAUUCUAGAUAAGUCCGGAAAUGUUAUUGGCAAAGUCGAAGUCGUUCCUGGCGAAGCGGCCGAUGCUGCUCUGAAGUCCUUGCAGGAAGAAGCUGAAGAAGCCGGGCAGGCCGUUGAGGGAAUUACUGACGACGUCCCCAAGACACUAGAUGGGGCGGAUUCUGCACCUGUCGCCAAAGACCUAACCUCUCUUGAGGGACUAAAAGUGAACGAGGCCGGAGAUGUCCUUGACUCAGAUGGAAAUUUGCUUGCCAAACUUCAAAGCGGAAACUUGGAGGACAUCGCUGGCAAUACCGUGAAUGAAAACGGUCUUGUUAUUGAUGACGAGGGAAACAUUCUCGGACGUGUUGCUCUCGUUGGAGAAGAUGAUGAGAACGCCGUCGAUGAUGCUGCUAAAGAAGCUGAAGACGGCGUAGAACAGGUCGAAGAUAAUGUGCCUGAACUUCCUCCACUUUCAUCUCUUGAAGGCCUCAAAGUUAACAAGUUCGGCAAAAUCGUCGACGAAAAUGGAACUCCUGUCGGCGAGCUCAUUGAAGGCGAUCCCAAGAAGCUGUCAAAGUUCGGUGCUAGUUUAGAUGCCAAUGGCCAGUUCUGGGACAACCGCGGAAAUGUCAUUGGCAAGGCCAAGACCAUCCCUAUUGAAGAAACUGAAUCGGAAGGGCCGUUCGCCGGUCUCGAGGGUCUUGUUGUUGUCAAAGACGGCUGGGUUGAAGACGAGAAUGAAAACACUGUUGGCAAGCUCGUCGAAGGAGACGCCAAGAAACUCGUCGGUCGUGCUGUUGAUGAAGACGGAGAUAUCCUGGAUAAGGCCGGUAAUGUUGUUGGUCGUGCAGAGCGCUACGAACAGCCUGAUGCCCCAGAGCCUGAAAAGGCUGAUUUGUCUAGCCUUAUUGGAUUAACUCCAAACAAGGCUGGCAAUGUCAUCGGUCCCGACGGCGUACCAAUCGGUCGUGUCGUGGACGGAAACCUCAAGGAAGUGGCUGGUCGAAAGAUUGGCACCGACGGCCAGAUCUGGAACGAUGCUGGAAAGAUCGUUGGACGUGUUGAGCUUAUUCCAGAAGAUGAACGCGAGACCAAGCCGGAAGGCAUUUUUGGCGGACUUGAAGGUCUGUUUGUCAACAAAGAAGGCCUGGUCGAGGAUGAAGAGGGCCAUGUUGUUGGCAAGAUUGUCGAGGGUGACGCUAAGAAACUCCGAGGCCGUGCAGUUGACGAGGACGGCGACAUCGUUGAUAAGUAUGGCAACGUCAAAGGUCGUGCCGAACCCUACGAGGUUCCUGAAGAAGAGGUAGAAGAAGAAGAUCUAUCCUCUCUUGAAGGAAAGAAAGUAAACAAGGCCGGCAAAGUUGUCGAUGAACAUGGCGCUGUUUUUGGUCGCAUUGUCGAUGGUGAUGCCAAGAAAAUGGCCGGAAGAAAGGUCGAUGGUAAAGGCCAGGUGUGGGGUGAUAACGGCAAAGUUAUUGGCCAUGCCGAGCUUAUUCCUGGUGCCGAGCAAGAAAAGCCUGAAGGAAUUUUCUACGGCUAUGAUGGCGCUAAAGUCGGAAAGGACGGCUUCGUUGUUGAUGGUACUGGGAAAGUCAUUGGAAGACUCGUUGAAGGUGAUGCCAAGCGUCUUCAAGGCCGCACUGUCGAUGAGGACGGUGAUAUCCUCGACAAGUCUGGCAAUACCAUUGGCAAAGCCGAACGGUGGGAACCCGAAGAGAAGAAGAGAAAUGUCAACCCAAUGUCUGGCCGGAAAGUGAACAAGCAAGGUGAGGUUCGUGAUGAGAAUGGCGACCUCAUUGGCAAGGUAACCGAAGGCAACCUGAAAAAUCUCAUUGGUAAAUCAAUUGAUGAUAAUGGAUAUAUUGUCGACAAUGAUGGUAACAAGGUUGGAGAGGCAACUCUCCUCGAGAACAUUCCUGAGGAAGAGCCUCAAGAUCAAGAACCAGAGAUCUCUGCAGAGGAGUUGGAGAAACAGAAACAAGCCGAUGAGGACAAGAAACUAGCCGAGCGAAUGUGUGCAAUUUUACAAGACACACUCGGAAAAAUCGAGCCCGUUUGCAAGCAAAUCACCGAUUUGAUUGACAAAGCGGACCGCACACCGAAGGAUGAGCUUGACGAGGAGAAACUUGUCAAUGAUGUGAAGCCUCUUCUAGAAGAAGGUGGCCGCAUUCUACAAGAAUGCAAUGGCUCCAUUCGCGCACUUGACCCUGAUGGACGUAUCGCUGCUACAGCCAAGGCCCGUGCCGCCGCCCACGAAGCUACUCCCGAGGAGUAUCAUUUGGCGGACUUGCUCAAGGAACUUACCCAAACCGUCGUAAAGACCAUUGACAAUGGUCGCAAGCGCAUCCAAGACAUGCCACAUGCUAAGAAGAAGCUCAACCCACUUUGGUCAUUGCUGGCCGAGCCUCUUUUCCAAAUCAUCGCCGCAGUCGGGCUACUCCUCAGUGGUGUGCUGGGUCUUGUCAGUCGCCUCCUUGACGGUCUUGGCCUUGGCGGACUCGUUCGCGGUCUUCUCGGCGGUCUUGGUGUUGACAAGCUGCUUGAAGGCCUUGGUCUCGGUACGAUUACCGAGUCUCUUGGCUUUGGCAAAAAGAAAUAA